CACAACUUCGCUAUUAAUAAUGUCCGAAAGCGUCAAAAGGAAUAUCAAAUCAUUUACACCUUAUGUUGCGAAACCCUCAGACAUCCCCUCAGUCGAAGCAUCCAUGGAUCCUCUGAGGCAGUUUCGACCACUCCUAAAAGUGCAAACCUCAAAUGACCCUUAGGUCUAAUAGAUGUCAACAGAUCAACCCUUUUAAACAAACUUACAUUACAAUCAAACUUUUGCCUCCUUUGAUAUUUCCUAAAGAGUUUCAUUGGAUGGAACAAGUGAAUACUUGCUCAACCACUCUAAAAUUGUAGGACCUCUAGUAAAUAGUUCACUUGAUAGUAAAUCAAGAGAAAGACAGCACGACGUUCUGCAAUCCCAAAGCCGCUUUUUUGCCUCUAUGAUGCCCAUCUUUUUCAAUUCGCCAAUGCAAUCCUACUACCCUUAUCUACCUCCGCCAUGCCAAACUGAAAUGCCUCGUCAAUCUAAUAAUAGUCUUGAUAAAUAGACUAAAACCAAUCCAAUAAACGCAGUCUAGCCCUUUGUUGGUAAACCUCCCUCUUAAAACCAAUAAUAACUGGAUUAGCCAUAGAAUCAAUGCAAGUGGUUAAAACGCGUAAGCUCUUGUGAAAGUGUGCUCAUGAAGGAGGAGGAAAGCCUAUAGAAUGAGCUGAAACAACCCAAAAAUGAAUAAAAAUUGACGAAGCGAAUCAGGAAAAGAAUACCAGUGGAAGAGAGUUCGGAUUCCUAUAGAGUCCACCGUAAGAAGAAGGGACCUAAAGUCAAUGAUACCAAGAAUAUCACGAAAAACUUUUCAAAAGCCAUUAUAUCUUAUAUUCUGAACGAUGAAAAAUUAAUUUAAAAAUUUAUUACCAGCGAACAAUAGGACAGCUUCAUUAACAUAUUAAAAAAUAAAAAGAAUCAGAUGACAAAUAUCAAGUAGCUCAGAGACAUGUGGGUUGAUAAUGGUAGAAACCCUGAAUUCAAUAAAGUAUUUCGAAUCAUUAGGUAUUUUUAAAUAAUUUCUAUUAAGCCAAUACUUUCUAAAAAAUUAGGCGGUUCCAUACGUGUACAAUUCAAGAAUUUCUAACACAGCUUGGCAUCUCAAAUAUAGAUAAAACUUAUUGAGAGCGUUAAGAGAACCUGAAAACUUUAAAUUUAUAAAAGAUAUAUGA